AUGACUGAUUUCACAGCGGGUACGCUGUACCGGCAAUACCUCGCACGCCUCAACGACAACCUCAUACAGUUUCAGCGCGAAUACGCUACAUGGCAGCGCGAACGUCGCGCCUGGGAGUGGGACGUCCUCCAACAGAAUCUGCAACGUCCUCAGACUGCUUGGCCCGACCAGACACCAGAAGCAGAGAGGAAGAGCUGUAUGGGGGAUGUGGUCAUCUCGGGGAUUCAUUCGACCAGUCAGUCAAUCUAUGUCCAAGCUGGGCUGGCGACGUCGAUGAGCGACGGCAUUCAGUCAGUGCAAUAUCGCACCACUCCCAGAGAUGUGAACGGUGACAACCUGCCUCGCGAACAGGAUGCUGCUUCUAGCAGCCAUCGCAUCUUGGCCACGUUGACCCAGUCACGUGGCGACGUGCAGCUCCCCCAAUGCACACACUGCCGCCGGGGCCUCGGCCCUUUCGACGAGUGCGUCGCGUUGGGCGAUGUCGCGGACCACACCUGUGCCAAUUGUGCGUGGACGGGUGAUCGUUGA